UUUUUCAUUUCUCUAUGCGAGAUACUAUACUUCUAGGUUAUAGAUAUACAGACGUGUUUUGAGAUAGUCUUUGAAUUAUAAUUAAUGAAAAUAAAAUGGGUAAAAAACCAUCCAAUAAAGUGCAUUUAGUGUUUGAUGAAGAGAAAAGAAGAGAAUUUCUUACUGGAUUUCGUAAACGAAAAUUACUAAGAAAAAAGCACGCAAAAGAUGAAUUUGAAAAAGCAUUGAAAGAAGAGAGAAAAAGAAUAAAAGCUGAAUCUAGAGAACAAUAUAAGAAAUUAGUAGCAUCAAACCGUGAUAUUCCAGGCCUUGAAAGUUUGAUGGAAGAAGAAUACCAAGAUGAGAAUGCUACAGUCAAAAUAAUCACAUUGUCUAAGGGUGACAUUGCUGAACAGAAUAAUUGGAUUGGAGAAAACCGUCCCAAAUACUUAACUGAUGAAAGUGAAGUUGAAGAAGAAAUUGAUAAGAAUGAUGAAGAGGUUCCAGGUAUGGAGUUAUCUAAUAAAAUUUCAAAAAACAAACCAGUGAAAAAGGAAUUCGAUACAGAAAAAAAUUUGAAGAAGAAAUUGAAAAAUAUGGCAACAAAAAGAGUUCAGAAAAGUAAAGUUUUUCAAAAGAAAAAUAAAUUGGAAAGAGACAAACAAAGAAAAAAAUCUUCGCAGCAAAGGAAAUUUAAAGAAAAAGCCAAUAAAAAGAACCGGCAUGUGGGCAAAAAAAAUAUGUAAUAUUCGUAAUAUUUUCAUAACUGUACAUAUUAUAUAAUCAUAGAUAUUGAAUUUAUUUCUUCUGUAUGAGUGAGUUUAUGAAAUUGAUAAUAUAGUAAAAAGUUCUAGUAUCUAUAAA